GAGAAGUUUCAAUAAUGCGUGCCCUGGAAGGAAGGAGGAGUCGACCCGGAUUUCAACGAGCACGACGAAUACAUAUCCACUUUCCAGGAGACAAUCACUGACAAACUCAAAAUGCUCAUCAAUAAAAGCAUUGAAGAAAAUCCUGAAAUCAAUGCUAGAAAUAAGCCAAACCAGGAAGUGUUCAAAGAAGCGUUAGUUCACUUGGCGCUGUGUCAGAAGCAUGUAAACACGACGCUGAAAGAGGUCGACUGGUCUGGAAGUCCGACUCUCGACCACAUCAAACACCUGAUGACGUCAGCGAACACUCGCCAUGGACCAAUCCUAGUUCAGGGUGGACAUGGAUCAGGAAAGACUGCACUUAUAAACACUAUUUAUGUCAAAUGCGAAGAAUGGUUCGGCAAGAAAGCGUUGCGCGUGAUUCGGUUCGCCGGCAUGACUCCCCGUUCGUCGUACAACCUGGAGCUGCUGCGUAUCAUCUGCUCGCAGCUGACUCUGCUUCUGCAGCCGUCCGCUCCCUGCAUACCGCGCGAUGCCUCCUUCGAUCCGCUCUAUGUCAACAACUGGUUUCAGACGUUGGUGCGUCGUUUCGACGCAGACGCACCGGAUGGCGCCGGCCACCUCGUCAUCAUCCUGAUCGACGACCUUCACCGACUGAACCCCCUCGACUCGGAUAUCGUGGCCGCCCUGUCAUGGCUGCCCAUCAGUCUGCCGUCCAAUGUCCACAUCGUCGCCACCACGGCAGUCACACCGGACGUCCUCAAGCUGACUCCCGUCCAGCGAGAAAAGUUCCGCGCCGCCGAGUGCUAUCUUGAACUACCGCCUGCCCCAGAAAAAACUCUAGAGACUCAGGUGGAGAAAGCGUUGGAUGAAUUGGCGGAAGACAUUGGCAGCACAGCAAUGGCAAGGCUGAGCUCGCUGCUGACAAUUUCUGAGUUUGGCCUGAGCGAGACGGAACUGCUGGAGCUGUUGAUGCCCACAUCUGGAGAUGUGCUCGAGCUCACUGAUGGCUUAUUCAACUUCUCGACUUUCUGCUCUGUUCUGAGGAAGAUGAUGAGUCGCGAUCUACUAAGAGAGAAGUUCAUGAGCGGUCGAGUGCUGCUGUGUUGGAAGCACGAACUGACCUCGAAGGCAGCGCGCAAGCGAUAUCUGCUGCAGCAAGACACGACUCGCGCGCUGCAUGCCGAAAUCGCCAACUUGUUCUUCAGUGAAAUUGCAACGCAACAGCAAACACAGCAGGAAGGAACUGUACAGUCUCACGAAGAAGGCAAGCAAACUCCCUUCCAAUCGUCAUUGCAGGCCAACGAUGUCACCUACAGUCUCAGGCAUGUUGAAGAAUCUUGGAUUCAUCUGCUCAAAUCAGGUGACAGUAGUCGUUUGAAGCAGCUGACAAUGUGCAACUUUGACUUUUUGCUGGCGGCCGUGCGUACAGUGUCAGUCAGCUACCUGCGCUCCAUCCUGGAACACGUGCGCUGCUACCUGCUCGACAGGGAGUUGGAGUUGGUCUACUACACUGUGCGCAAGUCCAGUGACGUCCUAACACGUGACACCCUGCAGUUUGGCGCACAACUCAUCUGCUGGCUCCGAUCUGUUGCAGAUUCGAGUGGCGAAUUGAUGGCAAGACUGAUGCUGUCUGCUAUGGCCUGGUGUGACGGCUACACUGAUCCUCUCCUUGUCCCUCUCACCGGUUGGCUACAGCCCCCUCUUCCUCUUCAGAUUAAAAACGUGGUUGUGAAUGGUGGAGUGAACCUGAUUGAACCGACUCCGUCAGCUCAGCAUAUAGUGGUUGUGCCUCACACUGGAGAUCCUCAGCUCUGGCAUGUUAUGUCCAACACUCUCGUCACUACAUUCAAAGGACACAAUGGAAGAGUUCUUUGUAUAGCAAUGACGAAACAAUCUCAAUACCUUCUGACGGGCGGUGAAGAUACAUCUAUCAUCAUCUGGGAUUUGAAAACUUUCGAGCUGAAGCUGCGAAUUUACGAGCACAUAGCCCCAGUGCUAUGCCUGACCCCGGCAAUGAACAACACCCUGAUAGCGUCAGGCGGGGAUGACUCACGCAUCAUCGUGACGCAACUGCUGCCGACGGGGCGGCGGAAGGCGGGGGAUGUCGUCAUCAAGAUAGACCACCACCGCGGCCCCGUCACCAAUGUGCUUGUCACUGCCGCCUCUGACAUACUCAUCUCUGGUUCAUCGGACGGCAGUGUGUGCCUGUGGACUCUGGACACGUUCACAGUUCUGAACACAAUCACACUGCCUUCUCCGGUGUGUCGCCUGGCCAUCUCCUCGGAUUCGGUGUUCCUGCUGGCCGCCUGUGAGGACAACCAACUCUAUUUGCACACUCUGGCCACCGGCACUCAGAUACAUUGCCUCAGGGGUCACAAGGCCAAGGUGGUGUCAAUCUGGCUGGCGGGGGACAACCAGCGGGCGGUGGCGGGAGGGGCAGACGGCCGUGUGUAUGUGUUCGACAUGCACAGCGGAUGUCUGGUGCGGACUAUCAGCACCAGCCACAAUUCCAAGGUCACCGGCGUCAAAGUCACCAACAAUGACGACUUCCUCAUCACUGCAGGAGGCAACCGGAUAACCUUCUGGAGUUUUCGGAAAGAGGAUGGAGUUGGAAUAGAUGAGCUAGGAGUGCAGAUGAGUGGCAAGCCACCCAACCAGGCCCAACGACCCCAUACCGCCUCUAUCUCCUGUCUCGACAUAUCCAGGGAUGGAACCACCGCUGUUACAGGAGCCAUGGACAGCCUAAUCAACGUGUGGUUGGUGAACACCCAUGAGCUGAGCGCCACCCUGGAAGGGCACUCGGCCAACGUCACGUGUCUGGCCAUCUCGCCCAAUGGCCUCUUCGUCAUUUCGGGCUCAGAGGACAAGACUGCCCGCGUCUGGGGUCUCACGCUUGGACUCGUUGUAUCUGUCUUUACGGGUCACCAAGCGACAGUGACUGCAGUGGGCGUUCUGUCGGAUAGUAGACGCGUGGUGAGCAGUGACCGCCAAGGGGUGCUGGCUGUGUGGGUGGCCGACAACGGCACCCUGCUGCACACCGCCUUGGGGCCAACCGACUUCCUCGCCAUCACCAACAACAUGAAGUAUGCCGUCAGCGGCAAUGGUGACAAUAGUUUGAGAAUUUGGCCGUUGACAACGCAUAGAGAUGACGAGAGGUUCAUUGUGAGUCACAAGGAAGAAGUGACUUGCUUUGUGCUGACAGUUGACUCACUGCAUGUCAUCACUGGGUCUCGAGAUAUGUCGUUGAAAGUAUGGCAGGUUGUUGGAGGCAAGCUCACUCAGGUGCUAGUGGGGCACACAGACCAAGUGACGUGUGUAGCUGUGGCUGUGACCAACAAGUCGAUAGUAGUGUCGGGGUCACGUGACGCCAACCUCAUUGUGUGGGACAUGGACACUGGAGAUGACCUGCAUCUGCUCACCGGCCAUCUUGGCUAUGUCACGUGUGUCAAGUUAUCGGCCGAUGGCACACUUGCUGUCUCUGGAUCGGAGGAUAAGAGGAUUAUAGCAUGGGACACGAAACAGGGCGUGCCCCUGUCAACGCUGCAACUGCAUCUGCCAAUUCUGGGCAUGGUGAUGUCGACCGACGUGACGCGGGUCGCCGUCCAUCUGCUCGACAGCAAGCAUCUGCCUAUUGUCUGUCUGCACAACACGCCGGCCACCUAUGUCAAAAUUCCCAUCUACGUUGCACCCGCCAAGGAGAUUGAAGACUUGAGACCUUCUGGUCCAAAACGGCCAAUGAAACGACUGCUGAAGAAAGAAGUUUCAUUGGACACGUACACGUGGCAGAAGAAGUACGGCCAUCUGACGUCAUCAAUCAUGAUGACUCAGGUCGAUGAGAGACUCAGACGCCGCUUCUCAGUGUCGGCAAGCAUGGAGGAAAUAUCGAAAAUACCAGCCAACAAAGAUCUUGGCUCACAGUGUAUGGGACCGGAGCAUGCCGCCUUGGUUCAAUCGCAACAUUUCGAUCAGCUAGAAGCUUUAUGGAACAAGAAAUCACCACCAAGGAGUAGACGCACAUUCCAGUCACUAUCAAAACAGAAUUCUCGGUCAAGUAGAAGAGACUCCUCAGAAAACGACGAUUGUCCGUCCCCGCUUGAAGAAGUUGCUGGAGAAAUAUCAGAUCUAUCGAGUGGUGAUUAGUGAGGAACGUUAAUAACUUCUAGGAACUUAGCUGCUAGCAACGCAGUGAAUGCCAUAAUGUGAUCUCUUGAAACAAUCAUUAAACUCAAUCAACCUGUUUAUACACUAUUGAGAAUAACCAUUCCUGUAACACUAGGUCUAAUUUUUCAGUGCAAUAAUAUUUAAUGUACCUAAUUAGGAUUUAAGUGUGGUUGUUGUGCGAGAGUGAAUGUGAGAAUGGAAGUUUGUAAAUAAAUUAUUUAUUCGUUAAGGUACCUUAUGUUGUUGGAAAUUAGUUUUUUCGUGUUUAGUAAUCAAGUUACUAUAUUAUUUUUUCCAAAGUUACCAAAAAAUACCGUAUUGACAAUGUAUUGGACAUUGGCAUUCACUAUUUCUCAGAUACCUACUGAAGAAUGAGUAUCUUUCUAGAAAAAAUGCAAAUAAUUUCUCAGUUGUAGGCUACUGUAGUCUGAGAUGGCCCAUCUUAUUUUAUAAUAAUAUUAUUAUUUGUGCUUAUUCUAUUAAAUUAUGCUUAUUAUUCAAUUUCAUACUACAACUGAGGUUGUUUGAGGUGAACAAAUAUAAUAUGUCAGUGUAUUUUCUAUUUAGGUGGAUUGAAUGAGAUUUUGGUAUUUUUUAUUCCAAUCUAUUCAAUUUCAUUUUUCCUAGGAUGGCGAUUUUACUCAAAAAUAGGGUAAUAAGUGAUUUCAAAGUAUGUAAGCCUAUACAGUCGUACAUGUUCAUUGAUUUUUUCGGAUAGUAAAAAGAUAUAUCACCAUCAUUCAUGAAUAAUCAAUACGGUAAUAAUUUGGUUGUUUUAGUCAGGAUUAUAGUCACUAGGUAGUGACUCUAUAUAUUAUUAUACUAGUAAAUAUAGUAAAAUGUCAAGUUUCAUAUAGACUAGCAAUAUUGCAAAAAAAUCCACAGUCAAGGUUAUUAAUUGGAGGACUUUAUUAGGAAUAUGCACAUUUUUAUACUCUUUGCAAUAUAAUAAAUAGUGUAAGUUAUAGGCCGCAACGCAGUAUCCAGAAUAUAACUAUUAUGAUUAUUCUAUAAACUAUAAAUCGUUUGAUUAUUAUCAGGCGAUACAAGGGAUAUGAAAUAUUGAAUACUGUUAAAGUAUGGGAGUUUCUCAACCUCAAACUCCAUUUUUCCUCUUAGAACAGCUAUUGCUGUUAUCAUAAAAAACAAACCAGAUGCUGUUCAAUUCAUAGUAAUGUAGCUAUAUUGUUGAUUAUCCCCAUUAAGAGGUUCUCUGUAGAGUUCAUAACUUGCCAUUUUUUUAAUUUAAUAAUUAUAAUAAAGCUUCAUCAUUUUUUUUCAAACACAAUUUUCCAAACGAAUUCAUAAUUUCUAUUAAAAGUAAAAAAUUGUAAAAAGUAUGAAUGUGAAACUCACGAAAUGCUGUUACAUUAUUGUUGUUACCGUAUAUAUUAGUUUCUGGAUAUUUCAAAAGCAAUAGUCUUUACACAGUUUAUAAUAUUCAUAUUUUACCAUCCUUAGGAUAUAUUGUUGGUGUUUAUUUUUUCUAACUCUGAUGACAAUCGAGAAAAUAUUGUUAAUAGAGUUGAUAUUGUUCAAUAAUUUAUAGUGAAAGGUCACUCUUUCCAAUCUUCCAUAUUGUAUAUUAUCUUCCCCUGUUAUUCAGUCCAUCAGUACCACUAUGGAAAUAAAUGCUUGUCGAGUUCAUAAAGGGGUGAAUUUACAAUACAAUAUUAAAGUAAGAGAUUCAUUCAUGAGUUUGUCGUUCUAUUUUUCUAUGAUGAUAGUUUGUAAGAUGUCAUUCUUCAUUCAAUCAUAUAAUUCUAUCCAAUCACAAUUUUAAGAAGUGUGACAAUCGAUUGUCAAUCGAAAUAAUUAAUUUGUCCAUUUAAAGGAAUUAUCACUUCAAGCUAUUUUGAAUCUCUUGCAGAACUCGUGAAUGAACAUUUGUCUUAUUGGUUAUUGAUUUCAUCGACUUGAUUGUAUUUUAUUAUUGAAAAUACUUAUUCAAUAUUCAGUAAUGUGACUGCUGUUCAUGACUUCGAAUAGCCUAGUUUACUUUCAAGAAUGAACUUCCAAACUAGUAUUUAAUUGAGUAGAGCUGAUGAAACAAUUUAUUAAUUGAUAAUAAUAUUGUCACAUCCUUCCAACCCAUAAUAUAUCCUUCAUGCAGAAAUCUCCUAUAAACUCAACUUGAAACUUUAAAUAUAUUCCAAUUUUAAAUAUAAUACAUUCAAGAGUAAUAAUUCACUACCUACUCAUUCUUCUGAUAAUUUUCCAUGCAGUAUCAAACUGUGAAUAUUGUGUUAAGAUGUGUAUUAUUUCUGCAUGUAUGAGUGCCAGUUUUUGUAUCUACCACACCUGAACUGUGAUCUGUUAGUAUAUGAAUGUGUAUUGUAAAGAUUUUAAUGUGAACCGUGUGAAUGUUGUGAGUGCAAGAAUUGAGAAGAAUGACGCUCUUACCUUGUAGGUCAAUAAAUAUUGUGAAGAUGGAGUAAAAUGCACGUUAAUAUAAAAAUAUAGAUAAAAAAGAGAAAUUCACUUAUAAGUAAUUAUAUGUUGUAUGAUUAAGUGUUUUUAUACAUUGUUAGACUAUCAUUCCAGUCAUUAUUAGAUGUAUUAGUAAUACAGUAUGGUGUAAGUCAUUAUUAUUUUAAGUAUUGUUCCACGUAUUCAAGUAUCUAUAUUCUAACCCACUUAUUUAUUUAUUUAGUUAUCCAUUAAAACUCACUAUUCUAAAUCAAUAAUAUUGAUAAUAUGAGAAAUUAUUUCUUUAAGAUAUUUUCUCCCAAUUUAUUCAAGUAUUUGAUUAGAGGAAAAGAGCUCUUAAUCAUUCUAGUCGCACAAUCUUCUAAUAAUUUGGAUCAAUUUAUACUGCAUUAAUCCGCUCCAUAUCAAUAUAACAAGUGCAUUACAGGAAUUAUCAACUGUUGUUUGAUUAAUCACAAUGAGUUACAAGGAACAAUACCAUAUAUACCAUCAUUCCUAUUUAAAUAGCAAGCUCUUAAAUCUUCAAGCAUGACAUUUUUAUUAAAGCCUCAUUCUAAUUGAUUAAAUCCGAUUCUGUAAAUAAUAAUCAUAAAAAUGAUAAAUUCUUCAACUCAUGAACUUAUACUCAUUAUUCUCAAAAUCUCUUAUUAUUUAAAUAACAAAUAAUUAUUUUCCAUUACUCUACUAACAAAUUCGUAGAUUCUGUUAUGUCUCCAUAAUUUCAUAAUGGCAAAGCAUUAUCAAGUAUCAUUGUAAAACCAAUUCCAUUUUUUAUAUUUAUAUAUUAUUACAAUGACCUCUCUACAUCAACUUGUUAUUAUAAUCAUCUUCACUUCAAGGAUAAGGCUUUUUGAAUAACCUGUUCCGGUACCCAUCUCUUACAAUCACUAACCUCAUACUUUAUAUUUCUCAUAAAAUCAAUAAGAACGAGACGAUGGUAUUUUGUUAGUAUUUAGAAAAUAGCUAUUCAUUUUUCUCCUCAUAUUCAUUGAAAUUUUUCCAAUUAAAUUAUUGUCUAAGACGUAUUGGAAAUUGUUACAUUGUUGAAUCAGAAGCAAGUGACUGUUAAUUUUGAUCGUUCAAAUGUUCUAUUCAAUGUUGAUUGUACAUGACUAUCACUCUCCUUUAAAAUGUUUAUAAAUAAUAAUGUAGUAUGAUGUAACAUGACAAUGAUCUUAUUGUAAAAUGAAAAUGUUACAAUUAUUGAUAAAUUAAAAACUAUUUAUUGAUAAA